AUGCUUCGGGGCACAACUGCAAUGCGCCUUAAACGAUGGAGCUGCCUGGCAGCGAUGCUGGUGGCAUUGCCUUUUAGAUCAGCAUCCUUUGCCGUUUCACGGCGUUGGCUGCUGCUUGCUCCCGUAGGUGCCUCUGCGCCAGCCUUUGCUCAAGCCACUGGGAGGCAAAAGCAAGCCCAAUUCAAUGCAGACAUCCUCAAGAGCUGUGUUCUGGUCCUCGGUAUGAAGGACCUGGGAAGCCGAGGGCUAAAGUUCAUUGACUUGCGGCCAGGAAAGGGCGCCGAAGCAAUGGAGGAGUCAACUGUGCGCAUACAGUGGUCGGGGCGCUUGUACAGCAAGCAGGGCUGGACCUACGGUCGUUGCAACGAGCCAGAGUGUGAGUUACGCUUCAAGGUUGGUGAUGGGACGACCAUAGCUGGACUAGACGAAGGAAUCCGUGGCAUGCGAGAGGGUGGAUAUCGGCGUUUCCUCAUACCACCCCAGAUCGCGUACCAAGAAGGGCAGGAGCUUCAACCUCUUCCAGAGAGGGAUGACAUGAAGAGGAGGCUUUAUUCCACGGUCUUCAACAAGAUUCGGAUCGCCAAUGGCGAGGGUGCCACGCUGGGCACCAUUGUGCUGGACGUGGUCCUCAAACGAGUGGCGUCGGCGUGA